CGGGGGGACAUUAUUGCCGUGCUGUGUCUGUUUGCUGCGGUCUCAUCUACAGUGAUAGUGCACUUUAUCUUCUCCCAGAAAAGUUUCUUCACAAGUGCUUUAGCCUUAGCUUCAUUGAAAAUCGUUGCAAAAAUGUGAUUGUUAUAAAUGACUUUAUUUUGCCAUUGUGUAAUCCUGGAUCCAACCCAAUGGAUUAGCAGCAUGCCCAGAACAAUGCAUAAUACGGCUGUGGAGAGGAACCUUUGCAUCCUAUGGGUUGUGUUCCAGAGUGGUCACCUCCACCUGCACCCCAGAAGAUGUUCUCAUUCAUGGUGACUGAUUUUAUGAUCUGAAGCUGCACUGAUGCAUUCCCUGAACAUCACCCCAGAGCUGAUCGCCAGACUUCUUCAGGAGAAUAAUGUCACCAGGGAACAGUUCAUUGAGCUCUACCAGCUGCAGCCCUUGAUCUACAUUCCUGAGCUCCCUGCUCCCUUUAAGGUCGCCUUUGUUGUCAUCUGUGUGGUCAUCUUCGUGCUGGCUCUGUUUGGGAACUCUUUGGUCCUCUAUGUGGUCACCAGGAGCAAAGCCAUGAGGACAGUCACCAAUAUCUUCAUCUGCUCCCUGGCUGUCAGCGACCUGCUCAUUGCCUUCUUCUGUAUUCCAUUCACUAUGCUGCAGAACAUCUCAUCCAACUGGCUGGGAGGUGCCUUUGCUUGUAAAAUGGUCCCAUUUGUUCAGUCUACUGCUAUUGUCACUGAAAUUCUCACAAUGACAUGUAUUGCUGUGGAAAGACAUCAGGGAAUCAUACAUCCUCUGAAGAUGAAAUGGCAAUACACAAACAGAAGAGCGUUCACAAUGCUAGGUAUCGUGUGGUUGAUAGCAGCACUGGUUGGUGUACCUAUGUGGCAUGUACAGCGUUUAGAGAUUAAAUAUGACUUUUUGUAUGAAAAACAAUACGUGUGCUGCUUGGAAAAAUGGAACAGACUUGUUCACCAGAAAAUCUACACAACCUUUAUUCUAGUGAUCCUGUUUCUCCUUCCACUAACAUUGAUGCUUCUGCUCUACAGUAAAAUUGGCUAUGAACUUUGGAUUAAGAAACGAGUUGGAGAUGCAUCAGUGCUUCAAACUAUCCAUGGCAAUGAGAUGUCUAAAAUAGCCAGGAAGAAGAAACGAGCAAUCAUUAUGAUGAUAACAGUGGUUGUGCUUUUUACAGUCUGCUGGGCACCGUUUCAUGUUGUGCACAUGAUGAUAGAAUACAGUAAUUUUGAAAAUGACUAUGAUGAUGUCACGAUCAAGAUAAUAUUUGCUGUUGUGCAAAUUAUUGGAUUUUUCAACUCAAUUUGCAAUCCAAUUGUAUAUGCUUUUAUGAAUGAAAACUUUAAAAAAAACUUCUUGUCUGCCAUAUGUUUUUGUUUCAUAAAAGACUCCUCUUCACCCUCAAGGAGACCUGGAAACUCUGGCAUUACAUUAACUCAACAAAAAUCAAGAGACAAUACAAGUGAAGAGACUAGGAGAGAAGCUUUUAGUGAAGGCAAUAUUGAGGUGAAAUUUUUUGAACAACCUGUUUCUAAAAAGACCUCAAAAAGACAUCUUCACUUAUUUUCCUCCGAACUCAUUGUUAAUUCGUGAGCAUGUGUUACAAAACACCCAUUUCCUGUAUAUAAAAGAGAUAUAGAUAGCAUUCACAGUUUCCUGGAAUGUCUUAAACGUAUCAGUAAAUGUAUUGUAGGAUUGUGCAAGAGUGGGAGGGAUUAUAGCGGUGCCUUU